UGUUUACAAACGCAUGUGCUUUGGACUGGCUUAGACUAGCCCAGACUAGCCUAGCCAAAUCAAUUCAAUCCUCAAGUCCACCACUGGAGUUCAAUUAAAAGAGCUCAAUGAGUUUAAAUGUGGAAAAUAGGGCUGACAAGAUUACGGAGUCAAAGGUUAAGGAAGAGGAUGAUAACUUUAGACUUAAGGCUGGAAUUUUCCUUGGGAGCGUUUGCGGCAUGUCGGCUUUAGUUGGAUUCAGCUCUACUCUAGCAGCUGCUAAAAAGAGAGACCCGGACUUCUUUGACAAAGGUCUUACCAGUCAAACAGUUGGCAAAAGAGUUGUCCAUGAAGCUGGACCAGCUCUCGCUAUGAGGGCGCUUGGCUGGGGAACUUUCUACGCUGUCACAGGCUGUGGAAUCCUAUUUUAUGGCAUUUGGAAGAUGCUGGGAGUCAAAGACCUUCACGAGUUCCGAAUGAAAAUGGGACACAUGCUUCCACGGAUACCAAAAAAUGACCCACCACAGGGGAGGACUGAAUUUGAGAACUUGACAGACUUACUGAAAUAUGUAAGUGAAGAAGGAAGCAAGAAAUCAUAAGUCUGUUAAGCGCUCAGCAUCAGCAUCUCACGGACAUGAAGUGUAUUCAUAGAGAUUUGAAUAGUGCUGUGAUAGUUUUUUAUUUGCCAUGAUGAUUAAGUGAACAUGGAAAUGUUUAGCUGAAUGUUACAUAAAUAUUUACAAAACAUA